AUGAAUGUGCAACUAUGUCAUCUUUUGAAAGCGACUCUUCUAGUUUUACUAUGGAUAGAUGUACUCGCGCAAAGUAAGGACUACAAGCCGACAUGCCCUAUCGGAUUUUCACUUUUUUCCAGAAAAGACCAUGGGCCACUGUGCUUCCGCAGAAAAGGCCCAGAAACCUUCGCAGAUAAAUACAAAGACUGCGUGGGCAAUUUGUACACAUCGAAGUUAUAUCUGGAAUAUGAUAUGAUUUCUAAACUUGAUUAUCUUGUGUGGACAGAGUACAAGUCGAUGCAUCCUGGAGGGCUGUUCGUCGACUGGUCCUAUACAAAGAGUAUUGGAGAAAAGUUUAACUCCGUCUACGAUGUGACGAUCGAUCCUACUCUAGAUUUGGAGGAAGAAUUGUGUCUUGUUAUGGAUCCAAUCAGUAACUACACCGCUGUGAAAUGCAACGAAAAACACUACAGCUUCUGUGUUGUCAAGCCGUAUAUUAUAAAUGUCAAAACUGUGCCUAGUAAGAGGUGUGACGGUUUGAAGGAUGCCGUAAAGUUUUGGAGUCCAGAAUCAACGUGUUUAGCAGUACUAUCAGGGGUAGGGGGUGGGAAUGUAAGAGCAACAUGGAAUCAGGCCCAGGAUUUAUGCUUAAAAAAGGGUGGUUCUUUACUUAACCGUGGCUGGAGAUAUAUAAAUCACCCAAUUUAUAGAGAUAUUGGAGUUAAUCAUAUAUAUCCACUUGGUAUCAUAAUGAGUACUGAUUACUCCAUGUUAAGGUACGACGCUAUGAACGACCAUUCAGAGAUACCUGUAGAAGAUUGGUAUUUUCAAAAAAGGAGUCACGAUGUCGACACCUUGUUAGGUUCAGUACAUGACAAUUUUUGGGGUUUAGUAAAUGGAUCCUAUAUAUUUUACGAUGUCAUUUGUGAGAAAUCAGUCCCAUUAAAAAAUGUUACUAUGCAAGUGGCUAUAGAUUUUGAAAAUCAACUGACUCUAAAAGUUAACGAUUCUCUGGACAAGGAUGAUAUAUACUGUUUCACAGAUUCAGUAGAACGAUAUCCAGUCAAAAUAAGUAAAAGCAAAAUUGACGAUACAAAUACUUUUAUUCUCAUACCGAAGCUAGAUGGGUAUUAUUGGUGUACACAUACUGACACUAAAAAUUAUAAAGUAAUUGAGACCAAAAAAGUACUAUUUGUUAGAGAAAAACGAUCUGUGAUAAACAAUUACGCAGUGAAAUUACGACAUCACGAUUUAUAUAAAUUGGAUGAUAUAAAAGAGUUGUCAAAAAUUUGGGAAUACAAGCUUAAAGAGUAUAUUUAUUAUAAAAAUAAAUAUGAGCGUGUCUAUGGAGAUUUGUAUAAUAAUGCAACAGAAGAUGUACUGAAAAACUUUAAAAAUUCCAAUCCAAGUUUUAAUUUGGACCAUGAGUCCAUUAUUUCGAAGAUUAGACUAAAAAGGCUUUAUAUGGACAGACGUACAGUGCUGAUUCAUGUACAACUAAACCCCGUCAUGAACAUCGUGAGCCCUGGCCUCUGGGAGGAUCUUGAGAUUGUUUCAAUGAAGCCGGUGUAUUAUUGCAAAUCAUUUGAUUCAAUACCUCAACUGCCUUUAGGAAACUCAAUAACAACAGCUGGGUGUCGAACACACACUUGCGUUGGUGAUUUUAACGAAGGGGUUCAAUGGGUUACAAUAGUUGCAGACAAUUGCACAAUCAAACCAGACUCAGUUCUAAACAGAGCUCUAAGAUUUGAUGAUUUUGAGGAUAAUAUGCCCCAAAGGCCAACGCCACCACCAACCAGUUCAACUGAGUUCCCAAUAACUCACGAUAGUCAUACUGAUAGUUUAGAAGAGGACGAUCGUUUGAAACCACCACCAACACCAUCAUUACCAACAACAUCAUUAUCAACUAGUACAAUAUCUAUAGUUGAAACUACAUAUAGUACAACCCCAUGGUAUGAGUCUACCACGAUAGACUAUGAGUCGACUACUGUAGAAAUUGAUUCAAGUACAGUAGAAAAUGUAUCGACAGAUAUACCUUCUACAACAACUACACCAAUUAUAAGACCGCCAGAAGAACAACUACAGCAGGUGAUGCAAAAUUUGGAUGAACUCGUUAACAACGGUUCUACAAUAAUGGUUGGUGAUAUCGGUGAAGUGUUUGAUAGGGUGGACGAUUUGCUCGAAGACAACGAUAAUUUAGAAAUUCCGGGUAGAUUACUACAUUUAUUGGACAAAUUGGGUUCCGCCAUAGAAUUGAAUGGUUCUCUUAGUGCGACUGCAGUUAGACCCAACAUCGCUCUCCUUCUCGCAGAUGCGGCACCAAGCAAUCCAGUUCGAGGCUUGAAGAUAGCUACGAGGAUAAAUGACACGUUCACUGAUGACGCUUUUCAGAUGCUUUCUGGAGAACCGAACUCUACAGUUUUGGACGCAGAAAUAAAUGAGGUGGUGGUUCAUCUACCGCAGUCAUUGUCAGAGUCUUCCCAACGCAUUAGUUUUGUUGUGUUCAGAAACGAUAGAGCUUUCCAACCGAAUGGUAAAUUCUACUCUGUGAACAGUAGAGUAUUAAGCAUUAAAGUUGGAGAAGUCACGAAGUUUGAUAAUGGAGAAGUAAUAGACAUACACUUGAGCCCUGUAACUACAAACCCGGAAAGAAACUUAUCCCGAACAUGCGCAUACUGGGAGUUCUUGGAAGAUGGUAGCGGGUUCUGGUCCCAGGAGGGUUGCAGACUUAUAAAGACACAACCAGGACAGCUGGACAUCUGCAGGUGUACUCAUCUUACUCACUUUGCAGAAGUCUUAUUCCCGAGGACUGUGUUCUCACAAGCUAAUGAAGAUGCACUCGAACUAUUAACAAUUAUAGGUUGUUGUCUUUCAAUUUUUGGUGUUAUAUUUGUCGGUAUCACGUCAGCCAUGUUUAGAUCUUGGAGAAGAGAGUUCAACAAUAAGAUUUGGUUCCAGCUUUGCAUAUCUAUACUGUUAGUAGCUCUAUGUUUCUUAGUUAUAAUAUUUGCGAAAUUUGAUCAUUACAAUGUGUUUUGUAUGUUGUUAGGAAUUGUCCUUCAUUAUUCUGUUUUAUCCUCGUUUUGCUGGAUGUUGGUUGCUGCAAUAUUAUCAUAUAGGAGUUUGGUUCUGGUUUUCACUAGAGAUGCUUCACAUAAGUUACUUAGGGCUUCGGCCUUUUCCUGGGGGGCUCCUUUUGCUGUUAUAGGAGUCUUACUUUCAAUCGCCCCGCAUUCUUAUUCGGGACGUUUUGAAGAGAAAUCCCCUAGUAGCUCAUUUUGUUAUCCUUCAGGCUUAGGUCUUUGGUUAUCUGUUUACUUGCCUAUUGCUGUAAUUUUACUCGUGAACUGGACGCUAUUUGGUUUAAUAGUUCGUUCUGUGUUUGCUUCAAGAAGGAUCCAAAGGCAUGGAGAUACGAAUGAGGCAUUACGAUGUGCAACCGUCAGCUGUUUACUGGUAUUCCUAUUCGGUUUGCCGUGGGUUUUCGGCUUGUUCGCCUUCAACAUCAUCGCUGCGUAUUUAUUUACACUUACUGCUACGUUUCAAGGGUUCAUUUUGUUUAUAUUUUUUGUACUUGGCAAUAAGAAAACUAGAGAUUUGUGGUUAAAUAAGCUUAAGAUCAAACAAACACGUAAAGUGCCUGUUACGUCAUCAACAUAUUCUAACAGAAGCAACGCGUGGAGAGCGCCCUCUCAAAAUGUGACUUUUGAAGCCAAAGCUUCCAAACCUAAAUCUUUAAAUCAAGAUGAUUCAAGAUUUUCU